AUGGCUGUGACAAAGGCGGCUAUCUUCUACCCAGACGCCGUUCCUGAUACUUUGGCUCAUGCCUUCACGCGGCAUAUUGAUAGGGAGAGUAGUGAACCUCUUAUUAAACGCCGCAAAACAUAUUCGAAGUCUCAAAGUCUACGGGAAGUACAAGGCGUGUCGGCAUCACUUGUUCCCAAUGGCUAUAUACCUCUAGUACGAUGUCAUCUGCAUUUGAAUUUCGCACACGCGGGCCUCUCACAGGAUGGGUGGGGCGAUCCUAGUGGCACAGAACGCAACUUGCCCGUCCUUAUCAAAGUCACCAAACCGAGUCAUUUGGAGAAAGAGGAGACUGUGAAUGACUAUGUGGUUUUGGAGUUGGAGACGAUCCAGGAACGAGAAACGGUAUUCAUCGACACGUCUCACGACCCUGAUAUCAUUAGCCUUGGAGAGCAUCUGGCCAUCGCGAGCGAUCUUAUGUGCGCAGAUCGUUACCAUGCGGCAAAGCCACCGGCUGUCAGCUAUCAGUCCACUCUCCGGUACUGCCCAAAUCGCACGUCUUUUUAUCUCGAAACUAUCAUCUUAUGGAAGGACUCUCUCGAUAUUGCAGACUACCAGAGACUACCUAAAGCUGCUUCAGCGGCAUUCUACAGGUACGUCUUGCAGGAGGAAGAGGAACACGACCCCUAUAUAACACGCAGGACUCGAGUUGUGAAGGGGGGGAAUGAUUGGACGCCUCGGGACUUCUACAACAAUGUCCACGUUCCCCCAAAAACAACCGAGCUUUCAGCUCCCUUCAAAUGCGAUUUGAUAGAAUGUGAGCUUUUCCCCUUUCAGAGGCGUGCAGUUAGGUGGCUUUUAAACAGAGAGGGAAAGGAGCUUAAUCCCAACGGCCAGGUGGUACCGACCGGGGGUCAUUUGAAGACCAACUUGCCAGAGUCGUUCAAGCAGAUUACCGAUGCAGAUGGGAAGGUCUGUUUUGCUAGCCACCUACACAUGAUAGUCAGCAGAGACCUUUCUGCGUGGUAUGACGUAAAUGACCAUCUUAGAGGCGGGGUAUUGGCUGAGGAAAUGGGCUUAGGAAAGACAGUUGAGAUGAUCAGUCUAAUGUGUCUGAAUCGCCGGAUAUUGCGCCCCGAAGAAACGUUCGCGGGACUUGGAAGUGAUGGUCUGAGACCCUCUGGGGCAACCUUAAUCAUAACGCCGUCGGUAAUACUGGAACAGUGGAAACAAGAGAUUGAGCUACAUGCCCCGAAGCUCCAAGUUUUCCAUUACACUGGCAUUCAACGGCACCAAACAUUGUCAGAUCAGGAGCUAGUUGAGCUGAUGGCUGAUAACGAUGUUGUGCUCACAACAUACAAUGUGCUAGCACGGGAAAUCCACUAUGCUGGUGCCGCCCCGAAAAGGAACCUCCGGCAUGAAAAACGGUUUGAGCCCAGGAAGUCGCCCCUGGUCAGAAUCUCAUGGUGGCGGGUCUGUUUGGAUGAAGCCCAGAUGAUCGAGAGUGGUGUCAGCAAUGCAGCGAAGGUUGCUCGGCUCAUUCCUCGCCAAAUAGCAUGGGCUGUGACCGGAACACCACUCCGGAAAGACAUUACCGAUUUACUUGGGCUACUGCUGUUCCUUCAGUAUGAACCUUUUUGCGGGCCCGUAUGGAGGAGGUUGUGUGAAGCAACAUUCAAACCUGUUCUGGCCCGAAUUGUGAAUACGGUUACGCUGAGACAUAGUAAAGAUUUCAUCCGAAAAGAGCUACAUUUGCCGCCACAAAAGAGGGUUGUUAUCACAGUACCCUUUACUGCUGUUGAAGAGCAAAGCUAUAGACAGCUCUAUGAGGAGAUGUGCGAUGAUUGCGGGCUCGAUACUUCGGGUUCACCUCGCAACAAUGAUUGGAGCCCGAACGAUCCGUCCGUUAUCGACAGAAUGAGAAGCUGGCUUGUUCGGCUUCGACAGUCUUGUCUCUACCCUACUGGGAACCGACGCAGAGGGUUUGCUGCUGGCAAUGGUCCUUUACGAUCGGUCAAUGAUGUGUUGGAGGUCAUGAUUGACCAGAAUGAUGCCCUGAUACAUGCCGAGGAACGCUCUCUUCUUCUAUCACAACUGCGACGUGGUCAACUACUCGAAAAUGCGAAGCGUAAACGAGAAGCUCUUGAUCUAUGGAAAGCUUCCUUGAAUCGUGCAAGCGACACUGUCCAGCAAUGCCGGGAGAGGCUGCUAAUAGAACGAAAGAAACAGCCAACACCUAUAUCUAAUGGCGCGCGGGAUGAAAGAUCGCCUAUGAGUGAUGAUGAAGGUGAAGAAACUGAGAAGAGCACUCGACUUCAUACAUUUCGCCAGAGGUUACGUGCCGCGCUCGAGGUCGAACACAUUGCGAUAUUCUUCACUGGAAACGUUUACUAUCAAAUAAAGUCCGAUCCUGAUCUCACAAAGCCUGAAUCCGAGGAGUUCCAGGCGUUGACAAAGUUGGAAGAGGAGGCGUAUGCGAAAGCCAAACUAAUCCGACAAGAAAUUCUGACUGAGAUUUCUCGGAAAGCGAAGCGCUACGUGAAGAGAAUCAAGGAGAAAUCCGGAAAGAAGGAGUUCGUGGCCAUUCCCGAAAUGGAACUCCAGCUAUAUAGUAGAGGGCUCGAGUCACGUCGGGUGUUUGAGCGACUCGAAGAAUUUUGUGGUAUGAUGAACGACCAUGCUGACCUAUACAAUGAAUGGCGCCAAAAGAUGGUCGAACUUCUCUCACAAGCACUGAUCGACCAGGAGGACGAGUCCGAACUCGAGGGCGAUGAGUAUGAGAAGUCGACAAAGCAUCAAGACGAGAUGUAUGUCUACAUGGAAGCACUCCGUGCAUUAUUUGCUGAUCGUCACGAUGCUCUGACGGGCCAGAAAAAUGUGCUUAUUGCCCAUGAAGCCAAAGUAGCGAUAUCGCAAGCGCAGAAAGGAGAGGGACCUUCCCCAACACUUUAUCUGGAGGUCAUGGAGAAACGAAGUGAAGUGAAGCCUGGCCCCAACCUUGGGUCUUUGCGUGGAGCUAUCACUGAACUUCGCAGUCUCGGCUCCUCACUCGAAUGGCAAGCGAACGACGGGAGUACAAGAGCGCGUGCUGAGCUAGAGGUUCUUACAAAGGUUCUCAAGAACGUCACGGACAUGUCGACAGAGCAGACAAAAAUUGCGUCCAAUAUAGAGAAGGAAAUAGAGAUGUUUCGCGACACUAUGAAUAACCGCCUCGAGUACUACCGUCAGCUGCAACAAAUCUCUGAUACUGUAGCACCCUACGAUGAAGAAAGUGCUGGCAAACCUCUUGAUCACCAGCUGUUCGCCGGAAAACUAGAGCAAGAAGAGGGUAUGGACGAAAGAAUAUCUUCUUUGAAAGCAAAGGGCCGCUAUCUUAUUCAUCUACGAGAUGAAUCAAACCCGGAUGAGAACUCGAAAAUCUGCAUUAUAUGUGUCCUGACGGUAUGCGGCCAUAAGUAUUGCAAAGACUGUUUACGUCUAUGGUGGCGUCAACAUCGUACUUGUCCGGUCUGCAAAAAGCGUCUAGGCGCCAACGACUUCUAUCAGAUUACUUAUAAGCCGCAGGAGUUUGUGGUGCAGGAGGAGAAGUCUGCGUCAAGCAUUGAAACAGAGCAACAUUCCAGCAACUCUAUAUAUACUGAUAUUGGAGCGGGGACUCUACACGAAAUCAAGAAUAUCGACCUGAAAGACUCUUUUGGAACCAAAAUAGAUACACUGGCACGCCAUGUUCUGUGGCUCCGAGAACACGACCCCGGUGCUCAAUCUAUUGUCUUUUCCCAGUACAAGGGCUUUCUUGACUAUCUUGGCACUGCAUUCAAGCGCUUCAAGAUUGGGUUUAGCAGUGUCGAUGAGCCAGACGGUAUAGCGAAGUUCAAAAAGGACCCCGGGAUUGAAUGCUUUCUCCUGCAUGCUAAAGCACAUUCAUCUGGCCUUAACCUGAUCAAUGCAGCUCAUGUCUUCCUCUGCGAGCCACUCAUCAAUACAGCAAUCGAACUCCAGGCCAUUGCGCGAGUCCAUCGUAUUGGACAGCAUCGACCGACUACCGUUUGGAUGUAUCUGAUCUCUGAUACCGUCGAAAAAUCGAUCUACGACAUCUCGGUUUCUCGCCGCCUGGAUCACAUUAUCCAAAAGGAGCGGGAACAUAAGGCCAAUGUCUCAACGCUAGCUGAAAAUGGCGUGAACGGAAAUAUCAUUGAGGACCUCAGCGAGGUGGCUAUCGACUCUGCCAAUUCCCUGGAGGUGCAAGAAGCGCCACUAGCCAAGUUGAUGGAGGUCGGCGCUUACGGUGGCGAAUUGGUUAGGAAGGACGAUCUGUGGCAGUGCCUAUUUGGCAGCCCGAGGCAGCAACAGCCUACAGACAGUCCCUUGAGCGCUGGUGGUGAUGUCGCCAGGUUCUUGAGAGCCGAGGCGGCGAAGCAGCGAAGAAUUUCGACUAGCUAA